CCCACCAGCAGCAACCCGGCUGUCGGCUAGGUCGCGAGCACACGCAUUGUUUCUCCCGCCUAGGCUCGUCAGACCUCUCACGUGACUCCCGUCGUUUCGCGCUGCCACCGUCGACGACGCGUCAUCCAUGUGCUAUCCUAUGCGAGUGUGAGAAUAGCGUAUCCUCCGUUCUCCGACGGCCAUCGACUUCAAUCGACGGAGCGAAAGACGACGGAGAGGGGAAAGGAGGGAGAGAGAGAGAGAGAAAGAAAGAAAGAGAGGUGCGAUCACGACGUCGCGACUCGACGCGCAGCUCGCGCGCGUACAGUCGGAUACGUUGUGUUGUUGUGUCGCGGGACCGGCGGCGGUCUGAGGGAGGUUGCGUCGGGAAACAAGGGCGAAAAAGCAAAGAAAGCGAGAGGAAAGGGAGGGAGCGUAGUCGCCGCGGUACAUACGUGCGCUCGCGACCGCGUGGGCGCACGUGUGUUUCGUUCGCGUCGCGCUGCAUGUCGUGUACGAACGGCGGAUACUGCCGGGUCGACGGUGAGCCGCGCGUCGACUUGAAUGCGCGAUUCGACAUGAGGAACAGUCGAAUGUGGACUUGCAGGACGCAAUAUGAGUGAGGUGGCAAGUGUUGUUGAACAAGAGCAGCAACAACAACAGCAGCAUUCGCAGCAGCAGCAACCACUGCCGCCGCAGCAGCAGUACGUUGGCGGUAGCUCGAAUACGGAGCCUUAUUGCGAGGAGUGCAACAUUUCGUUCAACAGCGACAAGAGCCUGCAGGUGCACCUGCAAUACCAUAAUCAUAACCUGAUAAAGAGGUGGACCAAUUCGGGACAGCAGGAGAGCAAUAAUAACAAUAGCAAGGCUGGCAAUCAUAAUAAGCACGUGAGCGCGAAGCAGGACACCGUGGCGGUGCCGACGGACUCGAGGGAGCCGUCGUCUUCUCAGGAUCAUUCGCAGCAGCCGCCUUCCAUUCAGGCCUACAACAAUUAUUUGGCGCCGAUACCUUACACGGGUGUGACAAAUUUACUGCAAAAUAUGUCGCAUGUACAGAACAUUCAAAUAGGCACGUGCCAGCCUUUCUCGCCGUCGCAAGAGGACGUACAGAACAACGGCGGCAACGGCAAUGUCGGCGGCGGUUACGCGCGUUACCAUCCGUAUCCUCAGCACUUCAGCACGGAGCACGCGAGCACGAACUCCACCAGCCCGCACAGUCCGCCGUUUCAUUGCGAGAACUGCGGGGCCGUUUACGAGGACGCGAGUCAAUUGGGCGAGCACGUGAAGACGCAUCAUUCGGACUCGCCGAGCGGGUACGCGGCAGCGCCUCAGUAUCAGCAGCUGGGCGGUAGUCCUCCGCAGCCGGAUCAGCAGCAACAGGCGCAACUGCACGCGUCGCCGACUCACUCGAGUCAGCCGCAGCAGCAACCCAGCUACGAUUUCAACGGCGGGCAGCCGGUGAAACUGGAGAUGAAGCAGGAGCCGGAGGAGCAGGCCGAGAUCCUCGACCUGGAUUCUCACAAGGUGCAGCAGACGCACCGGUACCAGGAAGAGCUAAUGAGGUAUCAGCAACAGCAUCGUCAGCAAGAGAUGCAGAUGCACAUUCAUCAUCAGCAGCAGGUGAUGCAGCAGAGAAUAGGACCGCCUCAUUCAAUGUUGGGUUGGACCUCGGUCGCCCAGGCCCACGAUUAUCACACCGGGCUGCCGGCCAUGGCACCCAUGGACGGUAUGCAGCCGAUCGCCGAUCAGAGCCAAUUCAUGCGCAGCCAGCACAUGCCGGUGGUGGAGGCCCCGGUGCACCAGGCCGCGUCGAUAAUCACGAACGCCCAGCCGAUGCCGAGUCAUCAGGUGAUGUCGCCGGGACUGCCGUUGCAGCAGCAGCUGAAACCACCGUCGAACCAAACGUGGAAGAGCAACGAGCCUCGGCGGCCGAAGACCUACAAUUGCACCGCGUGCAACAAGUGGUUCACCAGCUCGGGCCAUUUGAAGAGACACUACAACACGACGUUGCAUAAAAACGCGGUGAAGCAGAGCAACCAGCCGGAUCCGGCGAACCUGCCGAUCAGCAGUCACCAUCACCCGAGCCGAGACAACAACGUCACUCAUUCAACGAACAGAGGCGGCGGUGGGAGCGGCGGAGGUGGCGCCCCCGAGAGAUCACCAGACUUCGCAUCUUCGGGGAGUCCCCCAAACGUGAUGGCAGGUCCCUCGGGCGAGGCGACGGGGGGCCUGCACCACACGCCCAUCCCACACUACAACAGCAGCAGUUCCAGCAACAGCAACAGCAACGACUCGUUGGCGGCGGCGGCGGCUCUGGCGCAGCAGCAAGGGCCUUCGGCGGUACACUUGGCCUCCGGAAUGGUGCCUCACAGUUCCCCGCAAUCGUCAAUGGCGGGGCAUCAUCAGCAACCAAUGGGUUCCCCGUCUCACCAGAUGGGCCUCCAGCAGCAGCAACAGCCGCUUCAUCACCUGCCAAUGACUUCGCCGGGCCAGCACCAGGUCCAUCACACCAUGACUUCGUCCAUAUCUCCCAUGCACCCACCGCUGGCAUCGCACAUGAGUUCCCCUUCGCCAAUGGAUUCGUCCACACACCCGCACCACAUGAAUUCGUCGUCCACCAUAGCGCCGGGCACGGUUCACCCCGCAAUGGUAUCACCCACGGCAAUGGGGGGUACUUCGAUGCCUCAUCAGCCGUACCCAAACGCCCUGCCCCCCCACGUUACGAAUACUUCCAGCAUUCCAGGUCUGCUGAAACCUACCAUCCAAACUUCUAUUGGCCGUAACGACCAAAAUCAGAACGAGCAACAUCAGAAGCAGCAGCAGGCCCAGGAUAAUAUGCUGCCCGGUUUUGGCACUCUCAAUCAACACCAGACCUUGCCGAGUUUCACGCAACUCGUGCCCGGUUUCGGGGGAGACCAAACCCAGCCACAGGCUGUUAACGUGGGGGGGCUAAGUUCGGAGGAGGCUACAGAAGAGAAAUCUUACAGUUCUUCCGUACCGAGCUAUGAUCUGUACACGAAUUCGCAGUCGCGUUACGGAUUGAUAGGGAUGGAUCCGGCGAUGGGAACGGUUCAGACCGACCCGGACGAUAUGAUAAUAAGAACACCGUUCGACAUGUCGGACGAGCAGUCCUAUCGAAAUCACUUCGAGCAGAUGGACCGUUACACCGAGAAGAACAACAACGAGCUGCCGCAUAUGAUGCAGAUCAAGCAGGAGUCUGCAGACUCGAGCAUCGGGCCGCCGAUCAUCGUGCGACCCGCCAGAGGCCGCAAACCUAAGUCCGGUUCUACGGUUCUCAAGGAGCAGCAACUGGUGAGCAGCACGACGGUAAAAGUUGAAAUUGACGAGACUGAUAACAGGACGGUCCAAUGUGACGAAUGCACCAAAAGGUUCAACAAAGCCUGCUACUUGACGCAACACAAGAAGAGCUUCCACAUGGGCGAAAAGCCGUUUAAAUGCCCCCAAUGCGGCAAGCGGUUCACGUCGGACGAUUCGUUCCAGCAGCAUCUGCAGAAGCACGACGGCGAAAAGCCGCACAAGUGUGACUCGUGCCCGAAGCAGUUCAACCACAAGACCGAUCUGAGGCGGCAUAGAUGCCUUCACACCGGCGAUAAGCCGUAUUCCUGUACCAACUGCGGGAAAAAAUUCAUCAGGAAAGACCACAUGGUCAAGCAUGUCCAGACGCACUCGAAGAAGACCCAACGAAGAGGCAACACCGAGCACAAGAAGGAGAACGUUCGCAGGAGAGUGACCCAGUGCCCAUAGGGACGCGAACCGCGAGAGGCGUGCCAUCGGAGGUGUCGGAUUUCCCUCGGUGAGGUUUUCCGCUGUCGGGCGCGUCAAAUGGGACAUAGUCAAGGGGAAUCGUCUAUGUCUGUAAUAUGCUUUCUUUAUUUAUCAAUGUUCUUGUCUCUUUUUUUUUCUUUGUUUCACCGAAAAAUUCUAUUUGACUCAUAUGUCAGAAGGAUUUCAAUUUAAUAUUGAUAGAAAAGAAAAAAAAAGUUUAAUUCUCUCCUUUCUUAUAAAUAAAGUUAUCGUUUCAUUGAAAUAUUGAGUUUCUUCUUAUAAAUGCACUGUACACUCUCGAUCAUACAGGCCGGAAAGCAACGUUAAAAAUUCAGCAGAGUCAACUUUUGUCCGUUAGGGCGUUAUGUGAGCGUUUUGUUCGUGUUGCAUUUUGUUCCGCGCGAAUCAUCCUAAUCGUGUGCCCUUUUCUUCCGAUGAUAUAUGCAACAACGUAUUUUUCCUCCGUAAUGGUGUUUGGAAUCAACUUUUCGCGACGACUUUUAGACUCGACGUAUCCUACUGUUUUCUCCUCGUCGUUUGCAAUCAACCAAGACGGUUCCUACUUUAUUCUUCAUUUUCGCUUUUGUUUCCUUCAGGCAUGAAUUCGCACGUUCGUAUCUCGCUAAGACCACGCGUAUGAGCGAUAGGAAGAAGGACAGCUGGCGUAACAUUUGAAAUUCGUAUGGCGCAACUAAUUUCGAGCAUCACGCUAUAAGAUAAGGGAUAGGUGGUGUAACUGAUUUAUCUCUAGAUGAUACCAAUAAAUUUGAUAAUUACAAGUAGAUUAUUGCAAUUUGAUAAUUAUAAUUGUAUAUACUAUUAAGGUAAGAAUAUUACGAAUAAUUCUGCAAUGAAUCUCUAUAAUACGCCGGUAGAUAUUUUAUGAUUAUUUAUAACAUAAAUAGUCGAUAAAUAAAAGAUUUAGCGUCGCAUCUCGAUGUCUUGACCGUCCGACCGUUCGAGCGUGCGCUUUACACAAUAGUCUUGAGAUCGUGUAUCAGAAACGUAUCGGCGCGAGAACUGAAAUCGCGAUCUGCCGAGCCUAACCGAUUAAUGCAAGGAAAAAAGUAGAAGAAUACCGCGCUGGAUUUAUGCGGAAUUGAUCCGGAAUAUUGCGAUGAGCUCAGACGAUAUUCACGGUAAAAAGUUUUGUGUCGGGAACGGUCCGCUGAAAUUAUGCGUUACUUUAACAUGGGGAAUGUAUGAAAAAAUACACACGCAUAAUGUUAAAUUAGCACAUUCAUCUUGUCAACCUUGUCUUGACAAGGUGAAUGUGCUAAUUCAACAUCAUACUUGUGCACUUUUAAACACAUAUUUGUGUACUUUUCGACACAUUCCCCAUGUUGAAGUGACACAAAAUUUCAGUGGACAGUUUCUUAGACACCAAAUUUCCAUUCAAUGUUGCCACUAAGAGGAUCUUGGAGUCAUUCUGUUUCGCCGCAAAUUUAUUGCUACUCUAUAUUCGUUACUAAUUGCACAGAAUUAAAAAUCCUUCUGCAUGAUUACAAUACAAAUGUUAAUAUAAGCGAGGACGGUUGACUUUAUUCGAAAAACGAAGAAUGGUUAACAAAUUACAAAAGUUUCUUUUCGUUUUACGAGUCAACCGUUCUCGCCUGCGUUAACAUGUGUAUUGUAAUUGGGCAAAAGGAUGUUUAAUGUUUAAUUCUGUGCAACUAGUAACGAAUAUAGUACGAACAAAUUUGCGAUAAAACGGGACGAUUCCAGGAUCCCCUUGUGCUCUUACAUAUUGGCCCGUUUAAUUUUCUUUGAACGCGCCUAAAAAAUCACUCGAAUCACGAAAAACCCGUUCCCAUGUCGAUUCCCCGGUCGAAUUAUUUUCGGAUAAGAGCUCGAAGAAUCUCGAGCUGCAUCGAGGCGACUGAACGCUACAUUGAGCAAAACGACGGAACAGCCGACGCUGGUAGCAUCUCGCCCACGAGAGACACCUUAUGCGUUUCUAUCGCUCUUUAGCUCAUUUCUUUCGUCAAGAUCGAAUUGGUCGGAAUUAUCAACGGAAAUGAAACGAAUAUUCGGAACAAAGCUCAUGAUAACGGGAGAGGAAACAGAUUUUCAUUGAACACUGACGAACAUUGUGAUAGCGAGUCAUAAAUAAUAACUGUAGCUAAGAAAGAAACGAUCAUAUACAUUCCACUAAGUUGUGCUGUGAUCAUGUGAAAAGAGACAAGAAGAAUUGAUUGAGACUUUUGUUUGAAAAUAUACGCGCCAAACUUUUCAUGUAACAAUAUACUUCACAUUCCUUUUAACAUGCACUUCGAUCGUCGACCGGUGUAUGUUUUCACGGUGAUGCUUGAUUUGUUUGUUUAAAAACAACCGAACGCUCGUUCGCGGCUCGAAGUAAAUUUCACCACAUCGCGCGUUGUAAACUCUCUCCCUUCGGGCAUGAGAAAACCCUCGCCCCGGUUGUCGGCGCGUUUGUCAAACCGACUCGAGUCACUUCGCGCACCGUGAAUUUCUUUCCUAACGAGAAACACGCAUCUUUCGCGUUCUUACCGUUAAACUUGACGAGCUGAAUAACAUUAAAACCGCCGAUAGUGCCGUUUCGACUCCGUUGACCUUUAAAAUUGCUAUAAAUUCUGUCACUUUGUAUUGGCUAAUCAGUCUUUCCCCCCUUUUUUUUUAUCGUUUUAAGUGCAAAUAUAAUCUCACAUAGCGCGAAUAAUAUCAAAAUAAUUUUUCAGUGGCGGAAGAUAAAACAAUUGACUUGCGUACCUUCUUAUAAAUAUUCCGCGCACCGCGAGGGAGACUCGAGGAGUUAAUAUUAAUCCCGGAAUUCACGUUGAUCGCAGCGAGGCACAAUCGUCUCGCGGCAUUACCCACGUCAAUUAAUCGAUGCCCGAUUAAUUACCGGCAAAACGAGCCAAUCACCGGGGCUACCUACGCCCCGAGACCCUCGGCGCAAAUUUCUCUUCGAGCCGCACGUCGCUCGGCGGUGCGCACGCAAACACGCGAAACAGAGCGAGUACGUAUAACAUUGUCGCGGGUAAACGUUAACCUCGCCAUAACAAAAUAAUAACGGGCCAGGUCGGCGUGAUUGUUCCCGUCGAUCAUUGUUCAAUCGAGAGCGACCGAUCCCAGCUGCGCUAAUUAUUUCUCUCACCCGCUCCGACACGUUAAUUAGUUAAGCUCGCAUCGUGCAUUCCCACGC